AUGGAAUCUCGCACAUCCAACCUUACAGCUGAGAUUGCUCGUCAUGGUGACUAUUCCUUGAGAUGGGGUCGCGCAGCCAUCUACACUAAUGCCAAACAUGUCCCUUCACUGAAACCCACUUUAGUAAGUGAUUUUGGAGUUUUAUUAUAAAAACUUUAAUUAUUUUGAUAAGUUGUCUGUUUUACCAUAUUUGGUGAUUACAGGUACGUCAUCCUCAACAUUUCCUGAUCUCAAACGGCCAGAUUUGUGUCAAAUACCCAGAAGACAGGUACUACAAGAUGUUCGACGACCCGUCCACUUACUUCGACCCCGACUUCAGAUUCCGCCGUGUUUAA